CAUCCUAUUACUUUCUUUUUUUUUUUUUUUAUUAUUAUGAUCAAAACUUAUACUUUAGUAUCUGGUUCAAAUUAUAAAAUAUGGAAAUUUUUAAGUUAAUUUGACUUUUAUUUUGAAAGGCCACACAGGAAGCCUCUUUUGCGUCAAACUUCAGUUGACAGAAAGUCGGCACUCAGGAGGGAAGCCUGUUUAAGUCCGCUCGAUUUCUUCAAACCACUCCCUGGCGAUAGUAACGCAGUUCUUCUACUCGGGCACUUACUAGGUGUUUUAUUUAACCGAUAGUGUUCAACGUUCAAAGGCGUGUUGUUGUUCUGAAGUUAUUACUUAUUCAGAGUUCGGGUCUCGAGAAGCGGAAACUUGGUUCUCCAGUGGCUGCGAAACUACGAGAAGCAGCAGCAUGGUGUUGAAAUCGGAAGACGGAGUGGUGCCAGAUGACCUCACUCCAGAGGAGCAGCAGGAGCUGGAGAACAUCCGCAGGCGCAAGCAGGAGCUUCUGCAGGACAUUCAGCGGCUGAAGGAUGAGAUAGCAGAAGUGAACAGUGAGAUCGAGAACCUGGAUUCCACAGAGGAAAGGAAGAAUAUGCAGAGGAACAAACAGGUAGCCAUGGGCCGAAAGAAAUUCAACAUGGAUCCCAAAAAGGGCAUCCAGUUUCUUAUUGAGAAUGACUUGCUGAAGAAUACCAGCGAGGAUAUUGCUCGAUUCCUCUACAAAGGAGAGGGUCUCAACAAAACGGCUAUAGGAGAUUAUCUAGGAGAGAGAGAUGACUUCAACAUCCAAGUCCUCCACGCUUUUGUGGAACUUCACGAGUUCACGGACCUCAACCUGGUGCAGGCUCUGAGGCAGUUCCUGUGGAGUUUUCGGCUGCCGGGAGAAGCGCAGAAAAUCGACCGGAUGAUGGAAGCCUUCGCUCAACGCUAUUUCCAGUGCAACUCCAAAGUUUUCCAGUCCACAGACACCUGUUACAUCCUGUCGUUUGCCAUCAUCAUGCUAAACACCAGCCUCCACAACCCAAACGUGAAGGACAAACCGUCGGUGGAGCGGUUCAUCUCCAUGAACAGAGGGAUAAAUGAUGGAGGAGACUUGCCCGAAGAGCUUCUCACGAAUCUGUACGACAGCAUCAAAAACGAACCGUUCAAGAUCCCGGAAGACGAUGGCAACGACCUCACACACACUUUCUUCAACCCAGACAGAGAAGGCUGGCUGCUCAAGCUGGGAGGACGCGUUAAAACAUGGAAGAGGAGAUGGUUUAUCCUCACAGACAACUGUCUUUACUACUUUGAGUUCACAACAGAUAAAGAACCUCGAGGAAUCAUCCCGCUGGAGAAUUUGAGCAUCAGGGAGGUGGAGGAUAAGAAGCCUAACUGCUUUGAGCUUUUCAUCCCUGAAAACAAAGACCAGGUGAUCAAGGCGUGCAAAACGGAGGCAGACGGGCGCGUUGUCGAGGGAAACCACACCUUCUACCGCAUCUCUGCUCCCACGCCGCUAGAAAAGGAACAAUGGAUGAACAGCAUCAAAGCUGCCAUCAGCAGGGACCCAUUUUAUGAGAUGCUAGCAGCCAGGAAGAAGAAGGUUUCCUCCAUGAAGAGGCACUAGAGCUGCUUCCCUUUGCCAAAGUUGCACUUCACAGAGCGGGAGGUCACUGUCUGUGUGUCUGGGCCUUAGGUUAAGGCUUACCUCAGAAAUUUCCAAAGACGACACCCCCAGCCUGGUUUCGGGCCUCCACACAGAAGGAGAUGAGUCGGGGGGUCAAAACAUCCCGACCCGAAUGUCUUUUCCACUCAGCUUUGUGUGUUCUGUUUGAGGUAGAAAGGGAACGUUGCUGUUCCAACGCAGCAAAAUCCUCUUUCCAGAUGCAAACAAAGUCGAUCCUAGUAUGUAUGACGCUGUACUCAUGCAGUCCCCUGUCGCACACAUCAUUUAAACUCAGCAGGUCUGACCCGGUGUGGCACCCCAACCAAGAUAUCCCUCACCUCACAGGAACGCUGAAAGCUUUUCCUGGCGUGCUUUAAUUUGUAUUGGAACACGUGUCUAUUUUUACAGCUUUAUUGUUCAAUUCUGUUGAUUUAAUUUUUUUGUUCGUUUGCUUUUGUAAACAAAGUAGUAGAAACCAUAGAGAGGGUUUUUUCAACUGGUUUUAUAAAGAAAAAUCUGUUACAAAACGGUUGCACUCAGGAGAUUGCUUUAACAAUAAAUAAAUACAUAAAAUCAAUUCUUGAACCCCCUUUUACCGCAUGAUUUUCAUGCUGGAAAGGAUGCUGUCCGCUUGUUUGAGGACUGAACUACGUUUUGUAAAUGUGAAAACGCAGAGGGGAGCAUCUGCUUGUCUGAAAUUUGGAUCUGAGGCUAAGAAGUUCAUUUUCCUGGAAGUACUGAAGAUGCAAGAUGAGGCUUUUUUAAACUAAAGUUGCUGCACACUGUGGUUGUCGUGUACAUAAGAAGUGGGAAACAUUGCUGCUGGUUAGCAAAGCAUAAUUAGGUUUUUUUGUUUGGUUUAAAGUAAACAGUUUUUUAAUCUAUCUCAGUGAUGUUUGUACUGUACGCUUCAGCUUGUAAAUGUUUAACACAGAUUGUAAAGGCUUUAAAAAAAAAAAGCGGGCUGUUCUCCAUUUAAGGAUCUUUGAUGGUAAACAAAUUGUUUCAUGUCAGGAAUGUACCACACUGAUUCCAAAUAAAAAGGAUGACCACACUGCAGCAGAGAUGCAAUAAUAAAAUCUAUAUUUUUUAUUUGGUCACCAAUUGUUUUCUGCAAAGA